UAAAGAGAUAUUCUUACUAAAUUAAAAUUAAACCCAGGAAUUAAAUAACGGAAGUGGUGCAGAUUCGGAAUAGAAAGUGCGAGAGAUUAAAAAAACGGCAAAAGAAAAAGCUUGAAAAGAUCAGGUAUUUAAAGGGUCGUUACAGAAUUUGGAUUCGUACCUCAACCGAAGCCCCAUGAGAGUGAGAGGAUGAAGCAUCACACCACACCCUUCUUUUUUCCUUCACUGAUUCACUAACGCUCUUUUUCCUCUUAAUAUUUUAUUAUUCUACUUCCGUUGCCUGAUUGGUGCCAGAAGACAGUCAUCCAGUUACGAACGUUAAUCCAGUUCAGACACUGGUUUUAUGGAAGGGUUUCUCAGGUUUUAAGCUUCUGUUACUUGCCAACGGGUCUCGAAAAACCUGCAAUUUCCUCCCCUUCCCCUCUAUAUAAAGGAAGGUUAAGCUACGCUUUCAGCACUCACUACCUCCUUCAUUCAUAGAGUAGUUAUGAGAGGAGAAGAGUUAGCGUUUGCAAUUGGUCCAAACAUGGUGGUGGUGACUGUGAGAGAGUUCGACCCAAGUAAAGACACAGAGGGAGUGGAAGCCGUUGAGAGAAUAUGUGAGGUUGGACCCAGUGGGAAGCUUUCCCUCUUCACCGACCUCCACGGUGACCCUAUUUGCAGGGUCCGCAACUCACCUACUUUCCUAAUGCUGGUAGCCGAAGUUGGUCAAGAGACAGUGGGAAUGAUAAGGGGUUGCAUCAAAACCGUUACAUGCGGAAAGAAGCUCCACAGGCACGGAAAGAACACCACCGAACCUGCUUCCAAACAAGUCCCUGUCUACACCAAACUAGCCUACAUAUUGGGCCUCCGGGUUUCUCCUCACCACAGGAGAAUGGGAAUAGGGUUCAAACUGGUCCAGAGAUUGGAGGAGUGGUUCAGAGACAACGGAGCAGAGUACGCUUACAUGGCAACAGAAAAGGAUAACGUGGCUUCCGUUAAGCUCUUUACCGACAAAUGCGGCUACUCAAAGUUUCGUACCCCGUCCAUCCUCGUCAACCCCGUUUUUGCCCACUCACUCAGACCCUCCUCCGACGUCACCGUCAUACAACUUGCCCCAAACGACGCCGAGUUGCUCUACCGCACCAAGUUCGCCACCACCGAGUUCUUCCCCCGCGACGUCGACUCCGUCCUCAACAACCACCUCACUCUGGGCACCUUCCUCGCCGUUCCUCGCGGCUCAUACUCCCCCGACACGUGGCCGGGUUCGCUCCGCUUUCUCGCGGACCCACCCUCCUCCUGGGGCCUCCUCAGCGUGUGGAACUGCAAGGACGUGUUCACGCUCCAGGUGAGGGGCGUGUCGCGCGUGAAGAAGGCCAUCGCAAAGACCACUCGCCUCCUCGACCGCGCCUUCCCCUGGCUGCGCCUGCCCUCCAUCCCCAACUUCUUCCAGCCCUUUGGGUUUCACUUUUUGUACGGGCUCGGAGGAGAGGGCCCACGGGCCCAGAAAAUGGUGAGGGCUUUGUGCGCCUUCGCUCAUAACCUCGCCAAGGAUAGUGGGUGCCAGGUGGUGGCGACGGAGGUUUCAGGGCAGGAGCCCCUACGCUGCGCCAUCCCACACUGGAAGAUGCUCUCUUGCGAAGAGGAUUUGUGGUGCAUCAAGAGACUCGGGGAAGAUUACAGCGACGGUGCGGUUGGUGAUUGGACCAAAUCCCCUCCCGGAUUCUCAAUUUUUGUUGAUCCCAGAGAGUUCUAAUUUUAAUUAACAACAUCCACAUCCACUCGUUGUUAGUGCAUUAGCCAUUACAAUCGCAGCGGCCUCUAUCCUUUCACAAAAGUA